AUGCGGCCACUUAUAUUUGCACUAUGCGCCGCACUUUGCACGGGUAUCAAAAUUCGAGAAAGCAAGAACUACCUCAAUGACAAUCGAGUUCCGCCACUACCCAAGCCAGCAAAUUCUCAUGGAACAUCACGAUUUAACUACACCUAUUUGUCAGUGUGCUUGAAUGGUACUCAUGACGAUCCUUUGAUCACUGUAUAUGCAAAAGAAUGUGAAGAUAAGGCAUCCCAAGUGGCACUGGGCAAGUACACCAAUCAGGUGAAUACCACUGGUGUCUACUGCAAACGUCUAUACAAAUAUCUUACAAAGAAUUUGGACUGGCUACGUUCGCAAGUUUUGUCGCAACCGCCGAAUGAUUUGUUUUGGCGACAUGUGAAUCUCACUUUUGCUCAAAUCACUGGUAUUUUUGACUCGUACAUGAAGAGAAAUCUCACCCCACAGAUUGGUUUUGAUCUGUCGCCUAUUUACAUGAUUCAACUAUCUGGCGAGCUUUUUGAUUUGAACAAAUACUUAAACAAAACUCCCGAUCCGCUAGAGUAUCCGGAAGCAGGAAGAUGUUCUGGGCUGAUCAAACUUGCUCCCGGGAACAAG